UUCGAAUCAGAUGUGUCUGGCGUCAGUGCCUGACCGUAAGCGGUAUAAAAGCCCAUUGGAAACGAGAUCCGAAAUUUGUGAAAUCGAAAAGCUUCCGUCACUUACACUGCGAAUAUCAAGAGUCUAGUUGCCUCAGUCGCUAUUAUUACAAUCGCCACAAGGCCCUAGAGCAUUAUUGUUUCUUUGUUAUUCUAUUUGCGUAAUCCAUUACAAUGGCGCCUCCCACUGCCACCACUACUUUGGAAGAAGAACAGAACCAGCAGCAGACUGUUAUCAAGAUGAACAGUGCCGCUGCUGCCCAAGAAGAGGAAGAAAUGGAAUCCCAGCUAUCUAACCUGAGCCGUGGCCCUAAUCCUCUACAAGGCAUCCCUACUUUCCCCUCCUUUCAUGAGCAUCGUAAGCAUAUAGUGUUGCAUAUGGCCGCCGUUUUCCGCAACUGGGCUCGCAAUGGCUACACAGAGGGUAUUUCCGGUCAUAUUUCUGUUCGUGAUCCAGAAUUUCCCGGUCUUAUCUGGAUGAAUCCUAUUGGCAAACAUUUUGCUCUCAUGAAUGGCAGUGAUAUGCUCUGCCUAAGAAUCAGCGAUGGAGAAAUUGUUGGCGGUAAUAGAUCCCGCCCUGUUAAUAACCCAGGCUUCUAUAUUCACUCUGAGGUGCACAAAGCACGCCAUAACAUCCACGCUAUCUGCCAUGCCCACACCAUCGCCGGACGUGCUUGGUGUGCCUUCGGCAAGCCACUUGAAAUGAUUACUCAAGACAUUUGCGAUCUCUACGGAGUGCUCGCUGUGGAUACCGAAUAUGCAGGAAUAGUUACUGCUGAGCAAGAGGGCAGGCAAAUUGCCAAGGCUCUCGGGCCCAAGGGCAAAGCUGCCCUGCUGAUCAACCACGGUAUCAUCACUGUGGGACAGACUGUUGACGAAGCUUCCUUUUUGCUGGGCUUAGUGGAGCGCAGCUGUGAGAUCCAGCUCAAGGUUGAAGCUGCUUGUGCCGGCAAUCCUAACUUAAAAAAGAGUAUCAUCCCACAUGAGCUCGCAAUGAACAACUUUAAGAUGGCAGGCGAAAAGCACUGGCUUUACGAGGAAGCUCAACCCGAUAUCCAGCUUGAGAUUGAGCUAGCGGGAGAGGUCAUUUCGAGGGGUUUGGAUGAUGUGAAAAUUGAUACCCAAUAAACUUGGCAGAGAGAUAAGACGGAACAUCUUGCCUACAUGUGAUUUGGAUAUGGGGUUUUCUUUAUAUCUAUGUUAUAAAGCUCAUGAAUACAUAUUUAGGUAUUGAUCAGAAUACCACAUACAAUUUAGAUGCGCUUUUUGGUCACUAUAGCAAGUGUGCUUCAUACAGAGGCCUUCUCUUACGCGUUGGCUAGAAGCCCUCGCCCAACAAAUGGGCCUUUUCUGGCCACGAUUUUGUAUUUAAAGAGCGAUUGGCUGUUGUUCAAACGUGCUGUAUUUGCCAACACCCC